AUGGUAACGGGUGGGGAUUCCCGCGCGAGUGCACCGUUCGAACGCGACGCCCGCCAAACGAUCGUGUCACGUAUAUGGGAAUAUCCAUCCAAGAUGGGUAAGAUUAUGAAGCCAGGGAAGGUGGUGCUGGUCCUCAGUGGCCGGUACGCAGGCCGUAAGGCAAUCGUGGUGAAGACCUACGAUGAAGGCACUUCUGAGAAGCCAUACGGACACGCUUUCGUUGCCGGCAUUGACAGAUAUCCACGAAAAGUUCACAAGAGGAUGGGCAAAAACAAAAUACACAAGCGCUCCAAGAUAAAGCCUUUUGUUAAGGUUGUCAACUACAAUCACUUGAUGCCUACUCGGUAUUCAGUUGACUUCAGCUUUGAAAAGUUAAGCGCCAAGGACCUUAAAGACCCUGCAAAACGCAAGAAGCUCCGUUUCAACACCCGUGUGCGUUUCGAGGAGAGAUACAAGAGCGGAAAGAACAAAUGGUUCUUCCAAAAGCUUAGGUUC